AUGAAUGUGAUAAAGUUGCAAAGAAAAUAUCCCCAAUUUCAGCAAGAACAGAUAUUUGGACUCCAAGAUGCCUUUCGGAAGUUGGAUGUAGACGAUAAAGGCUAUAUAGACGAAGCAACAGCGAUCAAAGCAACUCAAACAAGUGAAAGGCAACCAUAUGAUAUUGUUCGUCAAGCUCUAAAAGAAGUAGAGCUAGAUUCCUCCAGACGAGUAGAGCUGGAUGAUUAUAUAGGGCUUGUCUCAAGAGUGAGGUUCUCGACCAAUCAGGAGACGGUGCCUAUUGGGACUCACUCAUUAGGCAUUACAGAAAAGAUACUACCAUCUAGCGGACAUGUUCCUAGGGUGAGUACAAGUGGUCGGAUCCAAGUUCAAGGAUCUUCAGCAAACGUCAAGCAUACUAUAAAUGAAGAUGAGAGAACUGAAUUUACACGACAUAUAAAUGCAGUUUUAGCAGGAGAUCCAGAUGUUGGGGCCCGAUUACCAUUUCCUACCGACACCUUUGAGAUGUUCGACGAAUGUAAGGAUGGUCUUGUCUUGGCGAAGCUGAUAAACGACAGUGUCCCUGACACUAUCGAUGAACGAGUUCUUAAUCGUGCUGGAAUAAGACUAAAGUCUCUAAAUGCUUUUCACAUGACUGAAAAUAAUAACAUAGUAAUAGAGUCUGCUAAAGGAAUUGGGUGCUCAGUUGUCAACAUCGGAAGUGGGGAUAUCAUCGAAGUUCGAGAGCACUUAAUACUAGGAUUGAUUUGGCAAGUCAUUCGUAGGGGGCUACUCAGCAAAAUCGACAUUAAACUACAUCCUGAGCUUUAUAGAUUACUUGAAGAAAAUGAAACUUUGGAACAAUUCUUGAGGUUGCCCCCCGAACAAAUACUUUUGAGGUGGUUUAAUUAUCAUCUGAAAGCAGCAGGCUGGCCGAGAAAGGUAUCAAACUUUUCAACCGAUGUCAAAGACGCCGAGAACUACACUGUACUUCUUGCACAAAUUGCUCCUGACACCUGCACCCGGGAGCCUUUACAGAUAAAUGAUUUACUGCAACGGGCAGAAAAAGUACUUCAGAAUGCUGACUCUCUCGGCUGCCGAAAGUUUUUAACAACAAAGUCUCUUAUAGCCGGUAAUCCAAGACUUAACUUGGCAUUCGUAGCAAACUUAUUUAACAAUCAUCCCGCUCUGGAUCCUAUUACUGAAGAAGAGAAAUUACAAGUCGAAGAUUUUGAUGCCGAAGGCGAACGUGAAGCAAGAGUAUUCACACUCUGGCUUAAUAGCCUUGAUGUACAACCAGCAGUGUAUUCUUUAUUUGAUGAUCUACGCGAUGGUACUAUUCUUCUCCAAGCUUACGAUAAGAUUGUCAAGGGUUCUGUAAACUGGAGAUUAGUAAAUAAAGUACCAUCUAACGGAUCAGAAAUCUCGAGAUUCAAGUCAGUUGAAAACACAAACUACGCUAUUGAGUUGGGUAAGCAGAAUCGGUUUUCGCUUGUUGGGGUUCAAGGAGCGGACAUAACUGAUGGACAACGUACUCUUACACUAGGCCUAGUUUGGCAACUAAUGCGGAAGGAUAUUUCUGAAACUUUAUCCGGUUUGGCCCAACAGCUUGGAAAAACCGAGAUUACUGAUGCUGAGAUGGUAAGAUGGGCUAAUGAGAAGAGUCGGAGGGGUGGCAGGAAUUCGGCUAUUCGUUCAUUUAAGGAUUCAACGAUUGGAACUGGAAUCUUUCUCCUAGACGUCUUGAAUGGAAUGAAGAGUAGUUACGUUGAUUAUGAUUUGGUCACUCCCGGUAGGACUAGUGAUGACGCAUAUUUAAAUGCUAAACUUAGCAUCAGCAUUGCAAGAAAGAUGGGUGCUACAAUUUGGCUAGUUCCUGAAGAUAUUUGUCAAGUUCGAAGCCGCUUAGUGACUACCUUCAUUGGAUCUUUGAUGGCGACAGAUGAAAGAAAAAACUAG